AACUAAGCUAAUGAUGCAAAUCGUGAAAGAAAAGUAACAAUGGUGGAGUCGUCGUCGUUAAUACCGGGCUUGGUGGACGACUUAGCAGAGCUGUGCCUCUCGAGAAUCCCGCGCUCUAGCUUUCAGAUCAUUUCUCAGGUGUGCUGGCGAUGGAGAAGAUUCCUCAGGAGCGAGCGUUACGGAGCCGUUCGAAAGUUGACGGGAUCGGUGGAGGAGUUAAUGUGUCUUCUAGUGUAUGACAAGUACUGGGAAGUUUUCGACGGCUCCGGUAACCAACUUGGACGGAUCCCUCACAUCCCUGGGCCUUUGAAGGGCGGUUUCGGCCUUGUGGUGCUCGAUGGCGGAAAGAUCGUGUUCAUCGGUGGAAGAUAUAAUUGCGUUGCUUCGGCGGAUGUUUACGAGUUCAAUCCUGCUACUAACAGGUGGAGAAAACUGGCAGACAUGAACAUACCACGUCACAACUUUACAUAUGCUGUAGUGGACGGCCUUUUGUAUGUGAUCCGAGGUCUUUCCUCAGAUAAUGUUAGCAUUCUCAAUGCUGAAACUAACCAAUGGAGCCUCAUUGAUUGUCCACACAGCCACAGCUUUAGUGGCUUCGCAUUCUCCUUCAAUUCCAAACUCUUCGUUGUAGGCAAUAGAUGGAGGUUCAUAGACAUAUAUGACCCCAAGACGGAGACAUGGGAAAAGUUAGACUCCGGGCAAACACUGUCGGUGUCCUCCUACACUGUUGUUAGGAACAAAGCGUAUUUCUUCGACUGGUUCAAGUCGGGAAUGGGAGUGUUUGAUCCAGAGAAGAAUUCUUGGAGCUCCGUGUCUGUGCUUCCGAGCGAAAAAUGUGCUUUCAAGUACAGACUAGGGCAAUGGAACAAUAAGGUUAUCCUGUUUUCACGAGGAUGUGAGGCCUUAAGUGGUGACCUUGAUAAAGAGGACGCGGCCAAGUGGAUAGCCACACCGAUUAAACCAUCUGGUCUUCACCCCACCAGUGUUCUCAUCAACUUUUGAUUUUGCAAAAUGUGUGCAACGUUUUGUGGUUGUCAGCUUUGUGUUUAGCCCUCGACUCUGUCGAUGUUUCAUAUUAUGAUUUAUUUCCUCUGUUUAUCUUUGUAUCCAGAACUAAUAACCUUCAAGAAAAAAAAAACAACAAAUAAUUAUUACUAGCCUUUGACCCAUGGGUAUUUGUUCUUCGUAAUUAUAUAUUUUUUUAUUUCUAAUAACAUUAUAAAAAUAAUUGGUUAUGUUGUUGUUAUUGAUUCAUAGGUUAUUGAAUUUUGAUAUUGGUGUGUCUUGUUCAAUUUGUUUGGCGUCGAUUUAUAAAGUGUGAGAUUGUGUUCUUCUUUUAUUGUACUUUUAUUCAUUUUACUUGAUAAAGUAAACAUUAAAGUUUAAAAUAUUAGAGAUUUAAGUAUACUUGUGUGUGUUUUAUUAAAUUAUACUAUAAAUAUUGUGAUUAAAAUUUGAUUUUAAAGUUAAAAUUGUUUUAUUGAGAUUUUUUAAAACAAAUACAUUAUUUAAACAGUAACAUUACAAAAAUAAUGAAAAAGUUACUAAAAAACAUUCAAAAAUAAGUACAGAUUUUUGCAAAGUUUAUAUAGCAAGCUCAAUUUAAUGUAUUUAACUGGGCCAUUUUGUUAUGAUUAAAAUUUUGGUCCAUCAUAUUUUACAAUUACAUAGUGGACCUUAACAAUCGAAACCCAUAUUUUUUUUCGGGGAAAAAACAGAGACACGCUUUCUACCGACAUUUUUCAUUCGCUCAGAAAGUUCCUUUGAACGUAAUAAUUUCCAGGACUUUGUCUUGAUUUCAGGUACAUGGGACGUGGGGCUGAUAUUGAUACUUUAUGUAUUGGCUCGUCUUAUGUCAACCGAGAGGAGGAUUUCUUCAUCUUAUUGCAUGAUAUAUUCUAUGACAUGGAAGAAGUGACUGAACUUCAACACCUGUUACCGAUACCCAUGUCUCUGUCAUAAAAUUUAAGUUCCAAGGAUUUGGAUGUCUCCAACUCUUCUGUGCAGUGUAAUGUUGAUGAGCAAACUUCCCGCAGUCUGAAUGGUGGUAGGGUUGCUGAUCAGAUUCUUAAACUCGUUCAAAAUUUAGGUUACUGGAUUUCAAGCUAACAUCACAGAACAAAGGGAAUGCACACUAAUCAGUUAGUCAAAGUUACAAGUACGUGUUCUUGGUUUGAUACGAUUGUCUCAUAGGUCUUAUAAAUACGAAUAUAAUGAUAUUCACCUUUUUAAAUGUGUUGCAUGAUAUUGGACGUUCUGAGAACCAAAGUACCAGCAAUCGAGCUGCAAAAGAAGACAACAACACAGACUUAUCACACACAUGAUUAGAUUGGACGUUCUGAGAACCAAAGUACCAGCAAUCGAGCUGCAAAAGAAGACAACAACACAGACUUAUCACACACAUGAGAAAAUAAUCAAGAGAUGAUGAAGACCCAUUGGAGGCUCAAGUGGGACAUAUUCCUCAGUUUCCAAAGAGAAACAAGCCACAGUUUCACGGAUCGUCUCAAUGAAGUGCUCAUCAAGGAACAUGUCCGGGUAUGGAAAUGUCAAGUGAAACGCAAGAAUCAGGUGCUCGGUCCAAGUCUCGUGGAGGCAAUUGAAGAUUCGGUGGCGUUCAUCGUUGUCCUAUCCCCUGAUUACGCUAAGUCUCACUGGUGUCUUAAAGAAUUAGCCAAGCUCUGCGAUCUGAGAUCACUGGGUCGUCCAAUAUUACCAAUCUUUUAUGAGGUUGAUCCAUGGAGUUUUCGGAGACAGUGUCCUUUCGAUAUGGAUUUUGAGGAGCACUCGAAAAAAUUUGGGGAGGAGGAGAUACAACGAUGGAGGGAAGCCAUGAAAAUAGUGGGGAAUAUCUCCGGAUAUGUGUAAUCAGGCUGGAAAUUCAUUAGAUUAAAACAUGGUAUCAGAGCCUGAUCGAUACGAUGCAAUCCAAUCCAAUCCACAUCGACCAGGCCAAAGUUACCUCUGAAUCCUUAUGCCAGUUUGUGAGAAUUUAACAUUACAAAAUGCUCAUCUAUAAAUAAUAUACAUUUCAAUUGAUUUUUGUUAUACAGUUUGUGUAUUUUAUAUAUAUUUAGACAAGUUAUGUCAAAAUUAUUAUUAAUUUUAAAAUUUGACUAUAUUUGAAAGUUAAAAUUUAUUGCGGUAAA